AUGGCUUCAGGAGAUGUAGUCAUGCAGCAUCAUGCUGUCCCUAUGCACACUGAUGUUAUUAUUAUUGGUAAUGGUCCUUCAGCGAUUUGUUUGUCUUAUUUCCUGUCUGGCAAUCGACCAUACUAUAAUGGAUCACCACUGUCGAAUGAGUUUCUGACCAAAAGGUUGGAAGAGAACCCUGGUGUUUCUCUCAUUGAACAGGAUUUGCCAUCUUUGUGUGAAGGCCUGGAAGGCCGUUCAAACAAUCCUGUUGCACUGUUAUUUGACAGUCUGUUCCAUCCCGAUGCUGACCUUGGAGUAGACAAUCCAUCUGCUCUAGACUGGAAACAUGAAGAGAUGCAUGAGAUUCCCCAUGUUGUGCUGGGAAAAACUAAGCCUGGUGGAACAUGGCAGAAAAUCGAUGGCAGUAUGCAGACAAUUAGCCAGAAUUCUUGGAUGGAGCUUCCAAAUAUGAGUUUCAAAGAGUGGCUUGCCAGGAAAAACAGAGAUUCUCCAACAAGGGACUCCCUGCUUGGUCGUGCCACAGUUGGUGAUGUGAAGGAGUAUUAUGCAGCAUAUGUCAAGCUGCAGGGGCUAGAGAAACAUUUUCGCGACUUUCACACAGUGACAUCUGUACAGCGGGUGUUCCAUCUACGUAGUAACGUGGACAGUGAAAGUGGGGAAGUGGAGCCUUGUUGUCGUAAUGUCAGGGUCAACCACACUCAUUGUUGGGAGGUCAGAGGGUACUGCACUAGUAUGGAUGACCAGGGUGUGCCUGUUGCAAGGCGAGACUUUUGCUAUGUUGCUCCUCAUGUUGUUCUAGCUACUGGUGCAUAUGACAUUCCUAACCGCCUUGGUGUCGAAGGAGAAAACCUGCCUACUGUGGUUCACACUUUAGGUGAGUUUGAGAAACUUCUGUCUAAUUGUGAAGCAUCCACCGUUACAGACCCAGUUCUUGUGGUGGGUGCAGGGUUGAGUGCCGCAGAUGCCAUUCUAACAGCAAUGGAAUCAAAUGUGCCUGUCAUUCAUGUGUUCCGGCGCAGGCCUUCAGACCCAACUCUCAUCUUCUCCAAGCUGCCUAAAGCUAUGUACCCAGAGUACCACCACGUUCACAAUCUCAUGAAAGGAAAAGAAGUCAGUGAACUGUACAAGCCUCUGCCAGGCCACACCAUCACAGAGAUAAUGCACAAUAAAGUGCUAGUUAACUGUAAGCGCUCAGGGACAGUCACUUGGUUCGAUGUUUCCUUUACAGCUAUAAUGAUUGGUUCCAGACCAGACCUGGGAUUUCUUCCUCGGGAAGGUCGCCACUUGGGCAUAGUUCCAGAGUGGCCCAUUGACAGCAAGCACAACAUUAUUGACAUUGAUGCGUAUUCCUAUCAGUCUGUUCAUGAGCCUCAGUUGUUUGCAAUGGGGCCUCUCGUUGGAGACAAUUUUGUUCGAUUUGGAAUUGGUGGCGCUUUAGGAAUCACUUCACAUUUGAGCAGAUGCAGUAAAAAGAAUUUGUUGUAA